UCUAGAUCGAGAAGCCAAUGUGUGAUCUGUCGCGUUGCUUUUGGUAGGCUGGCAGGCAUACCAACAUUGGUUUAGGCUUGCUAUGUAUAUUCUGUAUUGAUUUAUUCUGCGCAAUCGGACUUGUUGUCGAUCAGCAUCUCGUUAGUUUUCAUCUGAGAAGCAGCGAACAAUAAAACCACCAGAGAAUGUCCUCCGCCCUUGCUGUUCCGCUGAGCGCGGCGACCGAGGAUUGGGAUUUUCUCGAGUACUUCUUGCAGGUGUCCUGCCGUUCGAGUCAGGUGAAGGUGAAGAAUGUGUGGAGCCUCACCCUACCCGAGGUCGAGGCGGGUUUCUCCCAGCGGACCGCGACAAAACUGGUUCUGCCCUGCUGGCUGCCGGUGAGUCAGCUGGACCCGCAGCAAAACGCAGUGCAGGAUGUGUGUCGGCGCGGCUUCCGGUUUCACGAGCGCAACAGCGGCAUGCUCGUCCAGUGCGGCAACUUUUCCAUUCCUGGUCUCGGCGAUCCUGCCGACAUCAAUUUUGCUGCAAAUGGAGCAGCAGAAGGCAAUCACUUGCUGCAGGCGGGCGGAAGCAGCAGCAGCGCGAAGGCGCUGGGCAAGCGGGUCUUCGAGGCGUUUCUGUGCCACGCGGGGGUGGUAUGAGAGUGCGCAAUUCCUCCUCCCCCUCAUUCGUCAUGCAAAACCCCAAAUCCACAUCCAGUCGCUUACUUGUGGCACGGUUUGCAUGACAAAUUCCGGAAGCCCAAACAGUACUACACUAGGCGCAUGAAUUUGUCACGCACAGGUUCCACGUGUGCUGGUGUUUGUAUUGCUGUUUCUGCUGUCCCCCUCUCCUUGGUUGCUGUCGGUGGGUUUCUGGCGGUUUGUGUGGCGUCGGAAAUUUUGCCGCCACCUCUGUCUGGUCCCCGUCUGCUCUGUGGCAAGGCAGGUCGGGUUACCUGGUCGGGUUGGUUGUCUGGUCGUGUCUCUCUAUGCCCCUGCCCCUUGAUGCCUGCCACUGGGCGGAUUGGGAGCGUUUUCACGGCGUCAGUCUGUUUCUAAGAGCUGAAACUAUAUGACGCGUGUUGUCUGCUCUUAGACAUUAUGGGGAGGAUGCUUGUCCUUGUUUCCCCCCAGGGCAUUGCCUCAUCGUUGGUGCUACUGUGUGACAGCUCUUGGUUUCCGUGGUGCUUUCGGUGGGAUGGACGUCCGGUGUUGCUUCGACACUCUUGUGUUGUUGCAUUUGUGAAUGCGAGGGCAGUGGUGGACUGAGGUUGCUGGAGUUUUCCGUAAGGACACUCCAAGUUAAUUUCUGACUACUUCGCUUCCUUGUGCCUCUGCUUUAGUGCUAUUUUUGGCGCUUUAGCUUAUAGGCGUCCCCCUCGCAUCUCACCUCCAGGUCUUCGGGGACCCCACUUUUCCAAGGUUCUUGGUUGUGGAUGGUUCCCUGCGGGCUUUGUGGCGUCUGGGUAUCCUUUGUUGCUGUUCAUGCAAUACAAAUGAGGGAGAGCGGGAGUUGUGCACUCUCAUAGGUGGGGCGUAGCCAGCUCGUCACGUCGGAAGAACUGGUGCUGGACGCGGAGAAGCUGCUGCAGAACUGCGACCGAGAUUUUGACUCCGUGUACAUUCACCGCAAGAACCGGCGAAUAUCAAAUGCAAAAAUGUCUGGGUCUGGAAGAUUGCAAGUUGUCAUGCUGUUUUUGGACUCUAAAAAAAAUUGUAUUGCAUGACCAGCAAAAUGGGUACAGUUUUUGCUACACAGACAGGCCAGUUCUCAUGCGGAAGGUGCAUCAGGAAGCCCUCUAAAAGUCUGCGAUGCUAGUUCAAGCAUUACAGGCAUCAUGUGUCAUGAGAAAUAUGCAUGACAAAUCUCGCAUUCUUCCAGACCCAGACAUUUUUACAUUUGAUAGCGAACGAAGCUCGACAGUGUUGACCCCCUCCGCGCCGCCUCCGCCGACCAGCACACGUUUCAGCACGAGUACCUCUUGAAGGACCAGAGUAUCAAUUGCAAAAAUGUCUGGGUCUGGAAGGUUGAAACUUGUGAUUCGCAUUUCAGAACACAGAAAAAUCUCUCAUGCAUGGAUAGCAAAAGUUGCCCAUUUUCUGUCACCAAAGUCAGGGAUUUGUCAUGCGGAUUCGGCAUUGCGAAAGCUUCUCGAAACCUGUGACGCUAGAGUUCCCAUGCCAGACCUUCUGUGUCAUGCAAAAACAGCAUGACUCUUCCAGACCCAGACAUUUUUACACUUGAUACAGAGCCAGCUGCUGCCCAAGUACCUGGUCCACUUCGAACUCGACCCGAGCGAGCCGGAGAAGUUCGCACUCAGCCUGUGUAUGCAUUGCAAAUAUAUCUGGGUCUGGAAACUUGUAAUGCUGGGUUGGGAAUGGUGAAUGCUCUGUAAUGCACAGCGAAGCAUGAGAGGUAUCUGCGCUGCUUAGUGUUGCAGAUUCCGCAUGGCAGGCUGCGUUUUUGCAUGACAAGGAAGAGGGUCUCUUCUUGGAGGCGCAUCACAAGUUCUUCAGUCAUGCCAGACAAGCAUGACAAACCUCGCAUUCUUCCAGACCCAGACAUAUUUGCAUUUGAUACUGUGCGACUCCUGUCAAAAGGAGCCGGCGGCCGUCUGGUGCGAGGCCGACCAGGCCAAGCUCUGCGAAGAGUGCGAUUUGGAACUACAUUCCCUGAAUAAGGUGCGGUUCGUUUAUUUGACGUUGUAUGAAUGUUGUACUUCUGAGUGUUUCAUCUGCAAAACUCUGAUUUUUGUCAGUCUGACCUCUGGUAAACCGAUAGUCUACCGCAGCUGCAGGCGCAGGCAUUUGCAAUUGGAGAAACCAUAGAGCUCGAAAAUCAAGAAAUGAACGGUCUGAAAUAAAAUCCGAAUCCCAGAUUGUCGCUCGCCAUGUUCGGGUGCCGAUUUUCGAAAUGCCGCGCGCGGUCGGGGACUGCCCGCUCCACCCCGGGAUGCAGAUCACGCAGUACUGCGCCACGUGCCACGAGUUUCUCUGUCCGGCGUGUCUGACCGCGGGCAACCACGCGUCCGGGGCCAUUCUCGCCACCCACAAAUUGCUUCCGAUCCAGGAGGCCUACCGCGGCGAAAUCCGCACGGCGGCGGAGGCCGGGGGGCAGUUCAACACUGCCGUGAACCAGCGCCGCGAGGAGAUCAAGCACACGCUCGUGGAGCUGGAAUCCCUCAUUGCGAAGGUCCAGCGGGGCGGCCAACAGGCGGAAGAUCGGGUGUAUGCCAUCGUGCAGGAGAGUUUGCAGAAGUUCCAGACGCACACGGAGCACCACGUGCAGCAGUUGCUUUCGGACAAUUUGAACACAAAACGGCAACUGGAAUUCUUCGACUGGAUCGAAAGCUUCAUCCAGCGCCAGAUGAUGGAACUGUCGCCGCCGAACUUUCUGCGGGCGUGGACGCGGCACCGCAAGCUGCAGCAGAAGCUGGCGGACAUGUGGCACGGCGAGGAGGGGACGGGUGCGUCGACGGCGGGCGGCGCGUCGUCCUCUUCGCAGGGUGGUGCUGCGCCGGGGGUGCUGCCGCCGGGCCCGGACUUGGCGGCCAUCCGCCUGGUCGGAGGCUUGAAGGUGGCUACUGCGAGUAGUGGACCGUGACGAGAGCAGCCCUUUGUGAAUUGAACUGAGUAUAAGUGCUUCAUUGCGGCACUCAGGGUAAAUCCGAACAGGCGCGUGUAUUUACGCGAAUGUGGUUUCAAUGGAUAUUUGUUUCUGCCCCAACCCACUUCCAAGAAGAAUCAAUUCUUACUCGUGAU